CGGUCAAGUUACGGUCAUACUAAUCACAGCACGCAUAAAAAUAAAAAAAAGUUUCACCAUUUGUAGUAAAUAAACUUGAAAAUAACUAAUAAUGUCGCUGGCAGACGAACUUUUAGCCGACCUCGAGGAGGACAACGACAAUGAGCUGGAGGAGGAGGAUGCGGAGAUGGCCAGUGCCGAGGAUGAAAGCUUGCUGGCGGAGAAGUUGGCCAAGCCGGCUCCCAAUCUGAUGGACGUGGAUGUUACCGUGCAAUCGGUGCGGGAAUUGUGCAAGCUGCGCGAUUCGGAGCGCUUGAGGAAUACCCUACAGCAGAUUGAGCACUACGCCAGUCGUCAGAGGACCGCAGCCGAGAUGCUGGGAUCCGUGGAAUCCGAUCCAGAGUACUGCCUCAUUGUGGAUGCAAAUGCCAUUGCCGUGGACAUCGACAAUGAGAUCUCCAUUGUGCACAAGUUCACCAAGGAGAAGUACCAGAAAAGAUUCCCAGAGCUCGACUCCCUGAUCGUGGGCGAAAUAGAGUACUUGCUGGCGGUCAAAGAGCUGGGCAAUGACUUGGAACAGGUGAAAAACAACGAGAAGCUGCAGUCUAUCCUUACACAGGCCACCAUUAUGAUUGUAUCCGUCACGGCAUCAACCACGCAAGGCACCAUGUUAACGCCUGCAGAAAAGGCCAAGAUCGACGAGGCCUGCGAGAUGGCCAUCGAGCUGAACAACUUCAAGUCCAAAAUAUACGAAUAUGUAGAAAGCCGCAUGACUUUCAUAGCACCCAACCUUUCCAUGAUUGUCGGAGCUUCUACAGCUGCAAAACUCUUGGGCAUCGCAGGCGGUCUCUCAAAGCUCUCCAAAAUGCCCGCCUGUAAUGUUCAGGUCUUGGGUUCACAGAAGAAAACCCUUUCGGGUUUCUCGCAGACGCAGAUGUUGCCACACACUGGCUACGUUUACUAUUCACAGAUUGUCCAGGAUACAGCACCAGAUUUGCGUCGCAAGGCGGCCCGUUUGGUGGCCGCCAAAUCAGUGUUAGCUGCUCGCGUGGAUGCCUGCCAUGAGAGUGUCCACGGGGAGAUUGGCCUGCGAUUCAAGGAGGAUGUGGAGAAGAAGCUGGACAAGUUGCAGGAGCCGCCGCCAGUGAAAUUUAUCAAGCCAUUGCCAAAACCCAUUGAGGGUAGCAAGAAAAAGCGAGGCGGCAAACGUGUGCGCAAGAUGAAGGAGCGAUAUGCGCUCACAGAGUUCCGCAAGCAGGCGAACCGCAUGAAUUUCGGAGAUAUCGAAGAAGAUGCUUACCAAGGAGAUUUGGGUUACUCCCGUGGAACAAUCGGCAAAACAGGCACCGGGCGCAUCCGUUUGCCGCAGGUGGAUGAGAAGACCAAGGUGCGCAUCAGUAAGACGCUGCACAAGAACCUGCAAAAGCAGCAAGUGUACGGCGGAAACACCACAGUCAAGCGGCAAAUCUCCGGAACAGCAUCCAGUGUGGCCUUUACGCCACUGCAGGGCCUGGAGAUUGUGAAUCCCCAGGCGGCGGAACGUUCGCAGACAGAAGCCAAUGCCAAAUACUUUUCAAAUACCUCGGGAUUUCUAUCCGUGGGUCAGCGAACUACUUAAAUUAGGAGUAAACUAUACAUUUUCUAUAAAAUUAAGCACUUUUAUUUGGAGAUUUGUCGAAUGUAUAAUGAGAUAGGCGUAGUUAAGCUGCAAUGAAGCUGCACAAGAGA